AUUGUACUUGAUUACUUUAUCCACAAUGUCCACACGUGUCAACAGCCUUCGAAUUGUUAUGGACAAUAUAUCUGAAAACCCCACAUGGGAUGAAUGUUACGCCGUCUGCACCACCGAGAGGCGUGUUGAAUACAGUACUACUGACAUGCUGGAUUCUCCAGAGGUAUCAACGAGGGAGUCACCGAGGGACAUGGGAGAAAUUCCAGAUGAGAAGGAUCCUGUAGAUACAAAGGAAGAGCAAUUGUUGUUUCCUGCACCCUCUGAACCAUAUUGGACGUCACUCCAAAGAAUUUCACAGGCCCGGUCGAGGAGAGAGCGGAGAGCCAGGGGAGCUGCUGCAUCAAACUACUACAGAGAAAACUGUGGUUUCAGAGGACCUGUUUCCGAGCGAUGCAGGUUUGGCUGCCACUAUUGUAACCAAAGGGGAUACACACCAAGGAGCUACCCGACAUGGAGAAGCAAACCAAAGAUAUACAGGCUAAGCGGAACAUCAUGGAAGCACCUUCCUGUGGUCAUCGAGCCCACCAAGUGGUACCAGGUUGUUGGGAGUGAGCAGUGCAGCCUGUGCAGUGACCGGGGGAGGCACCAGAAGACGUCUUGGAUGUGCCCGAGCUGCGAGGUUCCGCUGUGUCUGAUGCCAUACAGGAAUUGCUACACCGAAUGGCAUGAGCACAGAGGAACGGCAGAAUAAUUGUGUUCAGUCAAUGUUAACUUCUAAGUUCUCCUAACUUUCACAUUUCCAGUUACCUUGCGAGUUGCUGACUCGAAAAAUGCUUUGUUAAUGUUUGUUUCAAAAUAAAUGAGUGAAGUCAUGUA